ACAGUACAUUAUUCAAGGGCUGUACUGGAAACACAGUCUCGCAUCACUGCCCUCACCGCCCUGCGCCCAAGCUCAGCAAGCGCCCAACGUGUGUCGCGUGGCAGGAACGCCGACAUGGCAUUACGGGGCGCCCUUGCCUGCUGACCUCACUUGCUCGCCAGUUCUCCUACCAAGCUUCUCGCUAUCUUCUUCCUUCCUUCAGCUUUGCACUCUUGACUCUUGGUGCCGGACACCAAGAACAGGGGCUUCGAUUUCUCGUCACUUCCUUUCGACAUCGCAUUGCAUCUUUUCGCCCGGUCGAAGAAUUCUCGUCCGGCUCUGCUUCUGAGCACGAUGCCUUGUGGCCGUAAACUCCUCACGACCUUUCUAUUCCUUGCAAUUCUUCUGGCACGCAUUCCACGCGCCGAUGCGAUUCCAUGUCAAUUCAUUAUCGUCGAACGUCGUUCCAUCGAAGCAAACGACGAUGGUCACCAGCGAACUCUCGAAAGUGAAGGCGACAAUGACAGCUCUGGUCUGAUGCGACGCGCGAGCAAAGAGAUCGAUCGACAUCUCAUAGCUGGUGCAUGGUCUGCUACUCUAGCUCUUGGAAGUGCAGCCCUCAGUGUCACUUCUAACGCCAUCAAAAUGAACGACGCACAAAAAUAUGGCGACAAAACCAAAAGUGGCGCAAAAGCUGCUGCGAAGGAGAGACCACGCCAGAAUGAGAGAGGCUCUACAGCUUCAGGUCGCCAGAAGGAGCACAGUUGCCUUGACGAGAGGCGACCUGACGAUUUCGCUCUUCGUCACGGUCACCAUCAUCAUGAAAGCCCGACUUCAGCACUGUGCUCUGCUGACAGUGAUUCCGAAAGCGAUAGUGAUGAUGGACCAUCCCUACCUCACAGUCACAGGAGGUUCGAGAAGCGAGCCGCAAGACACAGCUCCGCGAUCUACGACAGCGAUAAUUCGAAAGAUCAAAUCAUCUCAGAUGUCCUUAUAAGGCGUAAUCUUAGGCAAAAUAAAAGCCUGAGGGCGAUAUUGGGGGGCAUCGAGGAUUAUGGAAAGUCAUUUGCGGCCACAGGGGCUCUUACGGCCGCCAUCAUGAUGACCACGACUACUGUCAAGGGGCACAAGAAGCUCAAAGCACAAGAUGCAGAGGCGUAGUUGUACGAGGAGAAGCGACAGUCGGACAGGUCCUUCCCUGGAAUAGUCAUCAAUUUAUCGCUCAAUAUAUGCGCUCCGGUAUGCAAUUGUGCCUGAGCACUCUCAGUGCCAUGUCUCGAUAUGCCUCCAGCGGCUCUGUCUGAAGCCCAACGACCUUGGCCCGAUCGUCGUAGAGACGCAGAGAUACCUUCUCCCUCCAAGAGUCGGUCGACUGAAAUGCUUGUACCUCUUGUCUAGUAAAAGGACCACCUUGCAGCCUCAGUGAAGUCUGCGAUGCCGAAGAGAGGCCAGCGAGAUAGCCGGGCUCACACGCUGUGAGAUAUCUACAAUAGAGGUGAGACUUGGGCGACU